AUGGAGGGACCCAAAAUAACAGUCGUAAUCAGAAAGAGACCACUGGGAAAGAAAGAGCUUGCGCGUGGUGAUUAGGAUAUUGUGCAAGUGAAGGAUUAAGCUACAGUCUUGUUGAGCGAGAUCAAGCAGAAAGUUGAUCUGACCAAAUAUGUUGAAUAACAUCACUUCAAUUUCGACUUAGCAUUUGAUGAGAGUGUAAAUAAUGAGGGAGUUUAUGCUACUGCAGUGCGUCCAAUAAUAGAAGCAGCCUUCAACAAAGCAAAGUGCACUUGUUUUGCAUAUGGAUAAACAGGCAGUGGUAAAACAUUCACAAUGCUCGGUGACCCUGAAGCCAAUGUGCCAGGACUCUAUCUGAUGGCUAGUUAUGACCUAUUCAGCAUAUUAUAAAGACCUGAGUAUGGCAAUUUAUAUGUGACCAUUUCCUUUUAUGAAAUUUACUGUGGCAAAUUGUUUGAUCUCUUGAAUGAUAGAACUUAAUUGGCUGCGUAAGAAGACGCUAAAGGCAAUGUGCAAAUCAAAGGAUUAACAGAAAAAAAAAUUCAAAAUGUUCAACAAGUGAUGCAAAUCAUACAACAUGGAUAGAACUCUAGAGUGACCUCGUAAAACUCUGCUAAUUCUGAGUCCUCACGAUCUCAUGCAUUACUUUAAAUUAAUUUAAAACAAGGCAAGUUAGUUCAUGGCAAACUCUCAUUCAUCGAUUUAGCAGGCAGUGAGAGAGGAGCUGAUGUGAGAGACUAAGACAAAACCACAAGAGUCGAUGGAGCUGAAAUUAAUAAAUCUCUCUUGGCUCUGAAAGAGUGCAUUCGAGCUUUGGAUCUAAAUAAGAAUCAUACUCCAUUCAGAGGCAGCAAACUAACCUUAGUGCUCAAAGAUAGUUUGAUUGGCAAUUGUAGAACUGUUAUGAUUGGUAACAUCUCACCAAGUAGUGCUAAUAGUGAACAUACAUUAAACACAUUAAGAUAUGCAGAUAGAGUCAAAGAAUUGAAGAAACCAUAAGAAUAGAAAUCAGGAGGAGAUGCACUCAAUCGAGAAUUGAUGUUAGCCAGAACAGAUACCAACGUAAUCCGUAGAGAAUAUAGAAAUCCUGAUUCUGAAGAUGAGGAAGGAGAUGACUUGUACAGUGGACCUCAAGGAUCUUAAGGAAGUUUGACUCAGAUGAACAAUCAGAAGUAUCAAUAAUAUAAUAAUAUGACAUCUUCAUAAUAAUACUCGUAGUAAUAAUAAUAAUAAUAAUAAUUUUAAUAUGCUCAAUAAUAAUAACAAUAACAAUAGUUACCACCACCCUAAACGCAAUCAUAAUAGCAUCCCAGAACUUUGUCAGCUAAUUCAUAACCAUAAUCACAAUAACAAUAAUAUAAUAAUUAAUAAUUCACAAAUCCUUAUGCCAAAUAGUAACCAUAAUAACAAUAACCUCCAAAUCUUCCAAAAUCCAAGAGUGCUUAACCAAAUUAACCGUAAUAGCAAUAGUAAUCAUCAUCCCAAACAUAAUUGGGUAAUCCACAAUAUUUCAUGUAAUAAUCAAUGAUGACCCCAUAACAACCUAAUAUAUAUUAGUAGUAAUAAUAACCAAAAUCUUUUAGCAAUUCAUAAAUCCUCAAGCUUAGCCUCAAACCUCAACAAUAUUAACCAUAAAUGUAUGGAAAUCUACAGAAAUAAAAUGUAGUUCAAUAAAAUCCCAUAAUUAUUUCAACAACAACCAAAAUCAAUUCCCUUAACAAUAAUUGUUUCAGUAAUACCCUUAAUAAACGUACGUAAACAACUAAAUGUAUUAAAAAUAACCACCCUUGA